AAUACUACUAGAAAUAGGGCAUAGUCUGCUGUACUGAGCCUGGACUGACAGAGGCCUUGUAUAUAUUGUACAUUGGAGUAGCUGUUAAGAAUAACUUCGUAAAUAAGUGUACGUACAGACAAUUGACUUAAUAUUACCAAUUAUGAAUGACAAAUGACAGACCCGAACUCUCGUCAGAGAGGGCGCCCCACAUGGACAGGACCAGACAGGACAGUAACUUUCAUAUAAGAAGAAACAUCUGGUCAUCAGCCUCAGCCGUGUCUCGACACGAAGACAGACAGACUGACCGGCCGUCAGUUGCAAUGUAACAUUGACUAUGAUUUUGACUUUGGAAACUUUCACUCGGAUUUUGAGUUGAUGCAUACUGGUUAAGAGAUGUACUGCAUAUGCAGGUGGCUGAAUCUGUUAAUAUUGCCGAAAACCCAUGUUUUCUGUAACAAAAAAUAUUUAUAUUUGCCAGUGUUUCCCUAAACAUCAACAGAAUAAAUUAUUUUAAUAGACUUCGCCCUAACCUGAAAGAGAAAGUAUCUACCUGUAGGGAGUAUGUAUUAACUGUGAUGCACUAAUAGUAAUGUUACCGUUUUCAGUAAAAAAAAAAAAACAACAAUAAAGGACAGGAAUACAAAUAUGGCUGAUAACGCCCCACUGUACUUGACUGAUGAGUGUAUUAGAAGCAAUAAAUUGCUGCAGCUUGCCAAACUAAUCCCUGCCAUACAAAAUGCCAUGGCUUCAGUGUCAAAAAAUAGUGAUGAAGUGAUUCAGCCACCUAGGACACUCAUGCAAAUUCCAUCAUUAAGUGGGGUUCUCCUUUCCAUGCCUGCAUUUAGUAAAAAUGAUGAUGCCUUAGCUUGCAAGUUGGUGACAGCAUACCCUGGUAAUGCAGAUAAAGGAUUACCAUCUAUUCUUGGGACUGUGUUGCUUUUUGACCCAACAACUGGUAAAGUUUCUGCUAUUAUGGAUGGUACUGAAAUUACAACCUGGCGCACCGCAGCUGCCUCAGCUGUUGCGACAAAAUAUCUACACAAUGGGACUGCAGUUUUGGCCAUUUUGGGCUCUGGUACACAGGCACAGAGUCACGCAGAAACCUUGGAUUAUUGUUUCGGUUUUCAGCAGAUCCGGAUAUGGAAUCACAGGUUUGAGAAGGCACAGAAGCUGACUGAGGAGCUUAUAGAGAAAGGGAAGUCUGCAAUAGCAUAUCAGAGUGCUGAAGAAUGUGUGAAGAAUGCUGAUGUAAUUGUCACAGCAACAUUUGCCUCCUCUCCGAUUCUCAGGGGAAAGUGGAUCAAACCUGGAGCACACAUUAAUGCUGUUGGUGCUGGCAUUAACCAUCACAGCGAAUUGGAUGCUGAGCUGUAUCAGACAGCACACAUCUAUACUGACACCAUGGCAUCAGCAAAGACUGAACUCAAAGGACUGUUAGAUCUUGGAAUUACAAUACAAGGAGAGGUUGGGGAUAUAAUAAAUGGAACCAAAUCUGCAGAACGGGAGAGGAUUACAGUCUUCCAGUCGCUCGGAAUGGCAGUGGAAGAUGCAGUGUCAGCAAAGCUAAUAUAUGAUGAAUACAAAAAAAUUAAAAAAUUAUAAUAGUUCAAAAUUUUAG